UUUUAUACUUUCUUAGUGCUUCAUUAAAUUAAUAUGAAUAAUUAUUAUCGCAUAUUUUCUUACUGCUCCGUACCCUAAUGUUCUAGCGCGAUAUUUAUGUACUAAAACCUUCCUGGAGAAUUGCUCUAUAGGACAGUGAAAACCGCACUUGAUUCCGUCCAGUAGUUUUAGAGAAAAUAAUGGACAUACAUACAUACACGCCGAAUAUAGAACCUCCUUUUUUUGAAGUUGGUUAAAAAAGAUAACAAUUCGAUAACUUUUACUUUUCUUACUGAGUUAAUCAUUUGUUUAAUUAUUUCCGAAUAAAAAAUAAAUGUUUUUUUUACUUUCAAUCUGAAGAUGAAAGGCGGUUAAGAUGAAGCUUAGAUAUCUGUUAGUGAAACCAACUGUCGGUUUCCUUUCUCGCUCAGAGAAAUCAUAAACAAAUCACUCUAUACUCGUGGGCGGCUAAGUAUAGAACGAUGGCUAUAUGCGAGUACGGAUAUGGAUGGUACGUACGGCAUAAUUAACCCCGGAUCUUCUAGAGUGACGCGCGGCCGGCAGUCUAUAACAGGGGCUUUCGUGAUCUCGUCUGGAUUUCGUCUGGAAAAGCACCGCGCGGAGUUUUCGACAAUAAUGGAACCGCGCGGUACUCCACUUCCGUUAGAACCGCUGGAUGCCAAAAGUCGAAGGGUCACAAGUCCGGCCGGCCUCACUCUCGGAUUAUCGCAUAAUGAAACAAUAAUGAAACGACCCACGCGAAGUUACAAUUUCCUAGGAAACAUACGUAAAAGUGGGACGCCUAACAUCGCUGUCGGAGGCAAUGUUCGCAUGACAACCGACGACAUUUUAUCACUUAGGUGCAUGAGUUUAUUAGAAUUUGUAUAAUGGCUCCAAGUUUUUGAAAAAGAGCUCAAUAAUUUAUUUUCUCAAAGUAAU